CUGCGAGAAUACGUCUCGGCGACGCCGCCGCACUACCAGUCCCCUCUCUCGUCGCCGCUUCCUUCGCUGUCAGAGUUCCCUGUCCUCAACGACUACCUCAGGCGGCAGUCAGUCGGCGAGAGGGCUCGGAGGGCUCCGAUAGCCCUCGAUCUGCUACUCCACCUCCGGAGGCACGACCUUGCUCCCGAAUCGAGGUCCUCCAGCAAGGAUAGAGCCGAUUCUUCUAAGCACCUAAGAAGAACCCUCGAGAACUGUCGAGAAAAUCGCAGCAGACGAAGCUCGCCCAGUGCCAGAAGAGGGGAAAAUCAACAGAGCACCGAUGAGGAGACCAAGAUAUCGAAUUUGAGGCUUCAAAAGUUGAUUCAGAUUAAU